CACUGAACGUUCCCGACCUCAGUCUGCGAUCGAAUCUCGCCUGGACCGUACGUCCACUUCGACUCUACCCUCUACAUCGAUAUUAAACACGACAAAUAAAAACAUUUCAAAAAGUUUUGUUAACGUGAGUGAUAUCGAUAUUCUCGAUAGUGGCAAGUGAACGAUAAAUUUAAACUUUUGUCAAAUUGAAUCGACUUUCGGACCCUAGUGUUUUGGAUACAAUGAAGGUUCUAGUUAAGGAUGAAGUUUGUGUUGGUGGGAAUGAGCCGACGGUGGAAGUGGAGUCUAAAUUAACCAAGGAGGAACUGAAUAGAGGCUGUCCCCUUGGAGUAUCCCGGGUAACAAACCAGCUGUUCGUAUGCGGCGCACACGCACUCCCCGGGGCCGUGAAGGCGCUCCGCCCCGGCCUGGUGGUCAACGCAGCGCCGGAGCUUCCACCCCCACCUGAGGACUACGUCCCCAGACACUACGUCCCACUGCUCGAUACCCCCAAUUCGGAUAUGCAUCCCUUUAUGGAACGCGUUGCUGACCUUAUCAAUGAGGUGGUCACAAGAGGAGAGAUAGUACUGGUACACUGCGUGGCUGGCGUGUCGAGGUCAGUGACCCUCUGUCUGGCGUACCUGGUCAAAUGGCAGAAGAUGACCCUCGGAGACGCCUAUCACCACAUGAAACAGCGACGACCGCAAAUCCGACCGAACACUGGCUUCUUCAAACAGCUGAUCAAGUAUGAGGAGAGAUUAUUUGGUGAAGCGUCAGUCAAGAUGGUGUACUGUGAGGCGAUAGACAAGGAGAUCCCCGACGUGUACGAACCUGACUACAGAGGCAUGAUGUGGUUCAGACAGAGAUACGGACCCAUUGAGAAGAGCUGAAGAUGACAGAUGAUGAUCAUCAUGUACUGACAGACUGACCGACUGAUUAAUGUUUAAGUUUCUAGUAUGAAGUGAUCUAGGCGAAUGAGAGUUGGUAAUACUUCAUACCACAUAAGGUCGUGAUUCUAAAAAAACCCAGUAUUUAAUGAAAAUUGGAACUUAUAGUCGAGCCGUGCGGUAUAAAGUGUUACCAUUCUUAUAGCUACAAAAUGUAGAGGGAAGUUGAGAAAUGGAUUCGUGUGAUUGAGAAAAGUGAUAACUUGUAUAGAUAAGGAUAUUAAAUUAAGACUGAGGGGAUGAAUGGAAGAAUUGCAUGAUAAGUAAUGAAUCUGUAGAAGAUAUAACAAAAAAGCUAAAAAAAUUAACGUUGUCAAAUAUAUUUCCUGCUUUUUGUUAUAAUUUAUGCAUAUCUAAUAUAUUAGAUGGAACUAUAUGUAAUACUAGAUGUGAUAAUGAAUAUUGUAAUAUUAAUUACACUACAUCUAAUUAUUAAUUAUGUUGAUGGGACCAAAAAUAAAUACGUUAAUAAUUGUGA